ACCAGUUCUUCCAAAGAAACAAUUUCCAGGACUGGAUUUAUGAACAGAAGCUACAUCAUUCCACAACACUCACCACAAUGAAUAUCAUCACCGCAGCACUAAUAUCAGUCUCUGCACUAUGGAGCAUCAUGGAAGUGAAUUCUUUGCAGUGCUAUUCAUGUACCGAUGUGGGAAACAACACUGAAUGUAACCAGCUACCCAAAGUGACCUGCGACUCCUCCUCCAGCUAUUGCUUUACACAAGUAGAGAAGUUAAUUAACAGUCUGAAGAUCACUAAGAGAUGCUCACAAAGCAACGAAUGUAACUCGGGAAACUACAACGUAGGGCUGGCAUCCAAGCACACCUCUUGCUGUACUGGAGACCUAUGCAAUGUAUAUGCCAAUGGGAAGACCAAUUUAACAUACAACACUUUUCUAAUCGUGGCCGCAUUUCUGGUUCUUUGUAUGUUCAAGAAAGUGUAGGUUGAAAAUAUUAACGUAAAAAAACUUGUACGCAAUAAUUGUGAAAUGCUAAAUCUUACCUAUGAAAAUACAAAUAUAAGACUAGAUGGUGGCAUUAGUCCAUCACGUUCUGAGUCCUCCAGAACUUAUUCCCAAUGUCAAAUGGCCUCCAUGUUGCACUGGUUGACACCUGAUUACUGUUAAUCUGGGCCUAUACUCCUGGAAUACACACACCACCAUCAGUGAGAUACCUGUUCAGUAGCACAAAGCAAAGUACAUGGAUAUCACUAGCACUAGGGAUUUUAGAGAAGACAAAUGGGCAAUUGCAUAGGGGAAUCCAAUAUGCAUGGGCCUGAACUUCAGUUCCCUCAACUACUUUCAGACACUUCCACAGACCUGAAACGUUUAGAUUGUAAGUCCAACAAACAGAAACAAUUUACUAUGAUUUAGUACUAAGGGUUAGGCGUACCUGCACUGCUAACUGAAAGAAAUUCAGUGUCUGAGCAUUCAUGUUUAUUGCCAUAUGAAGAAGCAGAGAACUCAACACCACUUACGUACUUUGAGAGGUAGAGGAUCAGUCAUGAGAAAAUUCAACAUCCAUGUUUUCAGCAGCCCCAAUUUAUAUAAAAGGGGUUACAUGACCACUUAAAAAAAAAUGCUUAAAAUGAGACUAGAGAUGAGCGAAUUGAAUCCCACAAAGUGGAAUUCGAUCCUAAU